GCAUCGUUCUGAUUCCGUCGAGCACGCGGCCAUUCACAGUUUCGGGUCCCUCCGGUGACUCUGAAUGACCAGCCGGAGCGCGUCUCCUUCGCCUUGCAGACGCAUUUUAGGCUUUGUUCCGUUUAAGCCGGUGGUUUGUUAUCAGCGAGUUAAAGUUCGGCUUGUCUGCUCUAAACGAUGCUGAUGAAGUUGGAAAGUAAUGAGCGAGGAUGCUGAAACUGCUGGCAAGCCCGCUUUGUUCGGAGGAGCGCAAGGCUUUUGUGCCGCUGUCAUCCCGCAGCUUUUUCCUUGCUGCUUUGUCUUCUCCUUGCCCGGUGAAACCAGCCGUGAGCAGUGUGGUUUGUCUGGGUCGGACUGCACCCACCAGUUGCAGUGCCGUCAGGUCAGAGCCAUGAGUCUGUAUGGGGCCGGUGCCGUUGGGGGGACCAGAGGAGGAGGAGCAGAACAUUAUAGGGAACAGCGACGACGCUCCAGUGAUCGCUCACGGGACUCAUCGCACGAGAGAGGAGAGAGCCAGCUCACGCCAUGCAUCAGGAAUAUUACUUCUCCAACGCGACAGCAUGACCGUGAACGAGGUGAUGGAGGCUCCUCCUCCAGAUCAUCCAGCCCUCGUCCUCCAAGAGUUUCUCAUUCUUAUUCACAUAUAGGAGGUGCUCUGAUUGGGGGACACAUACCACGACCGCUGGGCCCCGCUGGGGUAGACCACCACUCCAGAUUUUUAGGCCAAGGGCCCUGUGACAUGAUCUGCGUGUAUGACCUUGGCAGCAAAGAGCAUCGAAGCAGCCUGCGACCAGGAGAGAGAGUCACGCUCAUUGUGGACAAUACGAGAUUUGUGGUGGAUCCUGCUAUCUUUACAGCUCAACCCAACACCAUGUUGGGCAGGAUGUUUGGUUCCUGUUGGGACAACAACUUCACUCGGCCCAAUGAGAAAGGAGAGUUUGAGGUGGCUGAUGGCAUCAGCUCCACUGUAUUCCGGGCCAUCCUGGAUUACUACAAGUCGGGGAUAAUCCGCUGCCCUGACGGCGUUUCCAUUCCUGAACUGAGAGAGGCAUGUGACUACCUCUGCAUCUCCUUCAACUACAGCACCAUCAAGUGCAGAGAUCUCAGUGCACUGAUGCACGAGCUGUCCAACGACGGAGCCCGGCAUCAGUUCGAGUGUUACCUGGAGGAGAUGGUGCUGCCGCUGAUGGUCGCCAGCGCCCAGAGCGGGGAGAGGGAGUGCCACGUGGUGGUGCUGACUGACGACGACGUGGUGGACUGGGAUGAGGAGUACCCGCCACAGAUGGGAGAGGAGUACUCUCAGAUCAUCUACAGCACCAAACUCUAUCGCUUCUUCAAAUACAUCGAGAACAGAGACGUGGCCAAAUCGGUGCUGAAGGACAGAGGACUGAAAAAGAUCCGCCUGGGAAUAGAAGGGUAUCCAACCUAUAAGGAAAAGGUGAAACGACGUCCUGGAGGCCGCCCCGAGGUCAUCUACAACUACGUCCAACGUCCCUUCAUCCGGAUGUCCUGGGAGAAAGAGGAAGGAAAGAGUCGUCAUGUGGACUUCCAGUGUGUUAAGUCAAAGUCCACCACCAACCUGGCUGCAGCCGCAGCUGAUAUUCCCCAGGACCAGCUGGUGGUCAUGCAGCCUCCAGGCCCACAGGUGGACGAGCUGGACACACUGCCCCCUCUUCCAGGUGCCAACGAGCUUCACCAACCAGCAAUCGGGCAGAUGCCAGAGAACCACCCAGGAGCCCGGCUGGCGCAGCUCUCCGAGGGUCCGAACCAGCAGGACAAUCCGAGCCAGGGUGCGCACAGCCAGCCCCGGGGCAACCAGCAGUCACACAGCAGCAGCAGCCACUGUCAGGCAACAUACCACUAUGAUCCGGACCCCGACACUCCGUCCCCUUCAGCAUGACACCGCUCACUGCUCCUGCAGAGCCACGUUCACAAGAAGUGCUUUCAUCACAAAGCUGCAGCCAGAACUGAAGGUUUGCCAAAAACUGGCUCUUAAAUCACAAAAACCUGGUAAUCCUGAAUGCCAAGCACAGUCCAAAUUUUCAGAAUAAAAGCACCUGUUGACGACAUGAACACAGACUCCCAUCCUCCUCUUCUUCCUGAGAGGCAAAACCACCACUUUGCCUUCUGCUGCGACACAUCAAAUGAAGCAGAACUCUGAAGCACAUCAGCAGCUGUCCUCACUCAGUUUAUUUAUCCGACCAAAGGAGCGGCAUCGUGUUAAUGUGAAGAGGCAGAGCAGAGUGCCGUUUUACAUUUUAGUGGAGUGUGCGCGAGAACUUUGAUUGGUUGUUACUGCACCUGAUUGGUUAAUUUGUUUUCAGUGCCUCAUCAUAGUUUAUUUAUGUGUUAAGAUUCAUUUUUUCCUAUAUAUUUAAAGGCGUUUAUAAAAACCCGUUUUACACAACAGACAAGGUCCCACUCACGUCUUCUGUUUGAGUUACUUUUAAACUUGGCACAGAUUUAUGGCCGCUGCUACAAAAGAUGUCAGGAAAGAUGUUGUACAUUUUCUAAAUAAACUGUAUUCACAACAA